CCCCGCCUCCUUGGCGGGGUCACGUGAUCCCUUUCAAAGAUGGCCGCCCUGUUGUUUUGAUGAAUAAUACUUGCUGGGGCGAGGGGAAGGAUCUCUCCCUAACGCCUUUCACCAUUAAGAGGAAAGCGAUGGAGGAGCUGAGCGCUGAUGAGAUUCGACGGAGGCGCCUUGCCCGACUAGCUGGUGGACAGACCUCCCAGCCGACUACCCCACUUACCUCUCCCCAGAGGGAGAACCCUCCAGGGCCUCCUAUAGCAGCUUCAGCCCCAGGCCCCUCCCAGAGUCUUGGUCUCAAUGUCCACAAUAUGACCCCAGCUACCUCCCCAAUAGGUGCAUCAGGAGUCGCGCAUCGAAGCCAGAGCAGCGAAGGAGUCAGUUCUCUCAGCAGCUCGCCCUCCAAUAGCCUUGAAACACAGUCUCAGUCUCUUUCGCGUUCCCAGAGCAUGGACAUUGACGGUGUCUCUUGUGAGAAAAGCAUGUCCCAGGUGGAUGUGGAUUCAGGAAUUGAAAAUAUGGAGGUUGAUGAAAGUGAUCGAAGAGAAAAAAGGAGCCUCAGUGAUAAGGAGCCUUCCUGCGGUCCUGAAGUGUCUGAAGAGCAGGCCUUACAGCUGGUCUGUAAGAUCUUCCGUGUCUCUUGGAAGGACCGGGACAGAGAUGUCAUCUUUCUUUCUUCUCUUUCUGCACAGUUUAAGCAGAACCCAAAAGAAGUGUUCUCUGAUUUUAAGGACUUGAUUGGCCAGAUUUUAAUGGAAGUGCUAAUGAUGUCCACUCAGACUAGAGAUGAAAACCCAUUUGCCAGUCUGACGGCCACAUCACAGCCAAUUGCAGCGGCAGCUCGGUCACCAGACAGGAAUCUGAUGCUAAAUACUGGCUCCAAUCCAGGAACGAGCCCCAUGUUCUGCAGCUUGGGUUCCUUCAGUGCCAGCUCUUUGUCUAGUUUGGGAGCCUCUGGUGGAGCAAGUAAUUGGGAUUCCUACAGUGACCAUUUUACCAUUGAAACCUGCAAGGAGACAGAUAUGCUGAACUACCUCAUCGAGUGUUUUGACCGAGUUGGAAUAGAGGAAAAAAAAGCACCAAAGAUGUGCAGCCAGCCAGCCGUCAGCCAGCUUCUGAGCAAUAUCCGCUCCCAGUGCAUAUCGCAUACUGCAUUAGUGCUGCAAGGCUCCCUGACACAGCCAAGGUCCAUGCAGCAGCCGUCCUUCCUAGUGCCGUAUAUGCUGUGUAGGAAUCUUCCAUAUGGCUUCAUUCAAGAGCUGGUAAGAACCACUCACCAGGAUGAAGAAGUGUUUAAGCAGAUCUUUAUCCCCAUUUUACAAGGCCUGGCUCUUGCUGCCAAAGAGUGCUCCCUCGAUAGUGACUACUUCAAAUAUCCCCUCAUGGCAUUAGGUGAGCUCUGUGAAACCAAGUUUGGGAAGACACAUCCUAUGUGUAAUUUGAUUGCUUCUUUACCGUUGUGGUUGCCGAAAUCCUUAAGCCCUGGCUCUGGGCGGGAGCUGCAAAGACUGUCUUACUUGGGGGCCUUCUUUAGCUUCUCAGUCUUUGCAGAAGAUGAUGUUAAAGUGGUUGAAAAGUAUUUCUCAGGGCCUGCCAUUACCCUGGAAAACACUCGUGUGGUGAGCCAGUCACUGCAGCAUUACUUGGAGCUGGGACGGCAAGAGCUUUUCAAGAUUCUGCAUAGUAUUUUGUUAAAUGGUGAAACCCGUGAAGCUGCUCUGGGUUACAUGGCAGCUGUUGUCAAUGCCAAUAUGAAGAAAGCACAGAUGCAGACAGAUGAUAGAUUGGUAUCUACAGAUGGAUUUAUGCUGAAUUUCCUUUGGGUACUACAACAGCUAAGUACAAAAAUCAAGCUAGAAACGGUUGAUCCCACAUAUAUAUUCCACCCACGAUGUCGGAUUACUCUUCCAAAUGAUGAAACACGAGUGAACGCAACAAUGGAGGAUGUGAACGAAUGGCUGACGGAACUCUAUGGAGAUCAGCCUCCAUUUUCUGAGCCGAAAUUCCCCACGGAAUGCUUCUUUCUCACCCUGCACGCUCACCACCUCUCUAUUCUGCCUAGUUGCCGUCGCUAUAUCCGCAGACUCCGGGCCAUCCGAGAGCUCAAUAGAACUGUGGAAGAUUUGAAAAAUAAUGAAAGCCAAUGGAAAGAUUCCCCACUGGCAACUAGACAUCGCGAAAUGCUGAAGCGCUGUAAAACUCAACUUAAGAAACUGGUACGGUGCAAGGCCUGUGCUGACGCCGGUUUACUUGACGAGAGCUUCCUGAGAAGGUGUCUGAAUUUCUAUGGCCUCCUCAUCCAGCUGCUGCUCCGCGUCCUGGACCCUGCGUAUCCCGAUAUAACACUGCCUUUAAAUUCAGAUGUCCCCAAGGUAUUUGCAGCAUUGCCUGAAUUUUAUGUAGAAGAUGUUGCUGAAUUUUUAUUUUUUAUUGUACAAUACUCUCCUCAGGUGCUUUAUGAGCCCUGUACUCAGGAUAUUGUGAUGUUCCUCGUUGUGAUGUUGUGCAACCAGAACUAUAUCCGGAAUCCGUAUUUGGUGGCCAAGCUGGUAGAAGUCAUGUUUAUGACCAACCCUGCUGUUCAGCCACGAACGCAGAAGUUUUUUGAAAUGAUUGAGAACCAUCCUCUCUCCACGAAAUUGUUGGUACCUUCCCUGAUGAAGUUUUAUACAGAUGUUGAGCAUACAGGAGCCACCAGCGAGUUCUAUGACAAGUUCACAAUUCGCUAUCAUAUUAGCACCAUUUUUAAAAGCCUUUGGCAAAACAUAGCUCACCAUGGUACCUUUAUGGAGGAGUUCAACUCUGGGAAGCAGUUUGUUCGCUAUAUAAACAUGCUGAUAAACGACACGACGUUUUUGCUCGAUGAGAGUCUGGAGUCUCUGAAGCGGAUCCACGAAGUGCAAGAAGAGAUGAAGAAUAAAGAGCAGUGGGACCAGUUGCCCCGGGAUCAGCAGCAGGCCCGUCAGUCUCAGCUUGCUCAGGACGAGCGUGUUUCACGCUCUUACCUUGCCCUGGCAACAGAAACCGUGGACAUGUUCCAUAUCCUCACGAAGCAGGUCCAGAAGCCGUUCCUCAGACCGGAACUGGGACCCCGGUUGGCUGCAAUGCUCAACUUCAAUCUUCAGCAACUCUGUGGCCCCAAGUGCCGUGACCUGAAAGUUGAAAAUCCAGAGAAAUACGGCUUUGAACCAAAGAAGCUGUUGGACCAACUGACGGAUAUCUACCUGCAGCUGGACUGUGCUCGCUUCGCCAAAGCCAUCGCUGACGACCAGAGAUCCUACAGCAAGGAAUUGUUUGAAGAAGUUAUUUCAAAGAUGCGGAAAGCAGGGAUCAAAUCCACAAUAGCGAUAGAGAAGUUUAAACUUCUCGCCGAGAAAGUAGAGGAGAUAGUGGCCAAGAAUGCACGUGCAGAAAUCGACUACAGCGAUGCUCCGGACGAGUUCCGAGACCCUCUGAUGGACACCCUGAUGACGGACCCUGUGCGGCUGCCCUCCGGCACCAUCAUGGACCGCGCUAUCAUCCUGCGGCACUUGCUGAACUCCCCCACGGACCCCUUCAACCGACAGACCCUGACAGAGAGCAUGCUGGAACCAGUACCAGAACUGAAAGAACAGAUUCAAGCCUGGAUGAGAGAGAAACAGAACAGUGAUCAUUAAGCCAGCCCCUUUACCACCCUCCGCAGAAGCAGCCACGGCCAGCAGGCAAGCAGAGCAGCGUCAGGGUUGUGGAGCUGCCAUUCACCUGCUGGGGUUAAAUGUGGCAAAAUUCCCGAGAGCCCACCCAGAGCAACCAAACGGUAGCGAUCUGAAAGGACACGAAGAAGAGGAGCCGAUUCCUGUACAUAUAUUUAAGCGACAAACAUGGUCAAAAGCUUGAGGGACACGUUUUACGAUUGCUUGUGUAAUAAAGCACGUCCUUCAUACGUCACAAUUUGGGGCUUUGCAACAGAAGUCUCUUAGCGGUGACAAAUGGGUCUGGGCAGCGUCCCCUUCAUUUUUUUUUUUUUAAUCCUAUAUCCGUUGAUUUGAUUGUGAUUAGAAAACCUUGGACAUUUUGCUGCUAAAGAAUCUCCCUCCCCUUCAUGACCCUACUUGCACUGCUGUGGAUUUUUUUUAAAAGAAGCAAAAACAAAAAUAAACUCUUUAUCCCCAGCCCUCCAAACAUAUAUUCUGUGAGAUAACUGUGCCUGCGACAAAGUGUUAAUCCUGGGAUCGUAUUUUUAUAUCAUAUUCACAUAUUUGUUUUUUUAAUUGGUGUUAGAUGACAUUAAUAAAAAAGGCAAGAUAUUUUCAGAA